CUCUAGUUUCCAUAAAACUGCUACAGACCUCUAAUUUUUCCUUCUUCGUCUAAACUCUACUUUACGCAAGAGAGGAAGAAGGCAGGCAGUCUCGCGUGCACAAUGCCACACGCGACCUUGCCCUCGCCGGGCUUCCAGGCGCUCAUCUUGUGCGGCCCUGGCGCAUCUCUCGAUACUUUUACCUCCAAUCUCGAAGAAUUCCCCAAGGCGCUGGUGCCAAUUGCGAACAGACCCAUGGUAUGGUACCCCAUAGAGUGGUGCAGCCGCAUGGGAGUUACGGACAUAACUUUGAUCACCCCGCCAGCAGCCCAGAAGGCCACACAGGCGGUCUUAGAUCUCAACCCAAAUUUCACCUCUCUGCCUCGAGUAGAGAUAUGUUCACCUGCUGGUCUCACCGAGAAUACUGGAACUGCUGAAAUCUUCCGACUCAAGGAGGUUCAAGACAUCAUCACUCGAGACUUCAUAGUCCUUCCCUGCGAUUUAGUGUGCGAGCUGGAUGGCUUGUCAUUGCUAGAAGAAUGGAUGGUCCUUGAAGGCGGACUGGGGGCAGCGACGGGUGGCCUAUCCCCACACGGCCGCGAGAUGCCCAUGGGUGUAGGUGGUGAGAAACGGGGCCGAAGAGGAGGCCUUAGUGUUUGGUAUGAGACGAAAGUCGACGGCAACAUGAAGAAGGAGGAAACCGACUUCCUAGCUUCCACGCCGCUUCCAAAAGCCAAAGUGCCGCCUCCGCAAGGCUCGAUACGAAAGGACAUCUCUCAAGUCGUCCUUACCAUGCCUACGGAUACGCUCAAGGAUAUACAAGAGGCGAAGGAAGGCAACUUUGCUCUGCGGCAUUCUCUGCUCAAAAAGUUUGGACGAUUAAAGCUGCAUACAACGACUAGGGAUGCGCACGUGUAUCUCUUCCCAUACUGGGUCCUGCAGAUGCUGAAGAAGAACGAGACGUUCGACAGCUUAUCCGAAGACGCGCUCGGAUGGUGGGCCAAGGCCUGUUGGCAGGAUGGGUUGGGCGACAAACUAGGGCUUCGGGAUGUAUUGCAGCCGUCAAACACCACGGAUAUGCAGCUAUCAACUGGGGAGCUCAAUCCUCUGCUUGACGAGGUUGAUCUGUCUACGUACAUCACCACAACCACAACACCGACGACGGAGGCCGACACCGUGAGGACGGUAUCGCUCGCGUCGCGUGUGCAGAAUCCCAGCUUCCCCACAGAAUCCUCCAGCACCAUUUUCGAAUCGAAGCCUCGUCUUGUCAUCCCCCCACUCCUAGCCUACGUUCAACCAAGCUCUGCAAACGAGCCCCUUAUCCGCCGUGUCGAUACAGAAGAUCAGCUCCUCAAUGUAUCCCUUCGACUCGCACGGCUACCAGCUCUUGAUGACAAGACAGUAGCUGCGCACUCGCCGUACAGUUUUGAUUCCAAAAUCCACCCUCAAAUCACCAUUCCCAAGCAAUCCCACAUCGACACUGCUACUACGCUGAUUGCAGCGAAUACAACCCUUUCAGAGCGGGUCGCCAUAAAAGAAUCCGUUGUCGGUGCAAAUUGCAGCAUCGGCAUGGGCUCUAAACUCACCAGGUGUCUACUCAUGGAUGGUGUCGUUAUCGGUGACUUUUGCAGUCUGACCGGGUGCAUAAUUGGUCCGAGGGCGAAGAUCACCGGCGGCCCCAAGGAGGAUAGGAACAAGACAGACCUGAAAAACGUGAAGGUCAUGGGAGGCAUGGUCGUGGAAUGGGGAACUGUUGCCGAGGGACGGGUUAUCGGUGGAGGGGAUUUGUUAGAUGAGGAAGGUUUAGAUGGAAUUAGUGGAGCUGAAGGCGACGACGAUUGAUGAAUGAAGACAAUGAAGAGCAAAAAUGCAUGUCUGGAUCGCAAAAUGGGGGUUCAUAGAGACGAAAGAUUUGCCCAGUGGUAUAUCCAUUUUGAACAAUGAGUCUAUGGUCAUCUAUCAUGUUGUUGUUCAAUCUGAGCGCCAAAUAAUGAAAAUACAAAUGAAAAACAUUUUCAAGAA